AUGAGUGAAGAAGAUAUUGAAAUAAUUAGAUCUGAAGAAGAAUUCUAAAAGUAAAACAAAUUACUAAAAUCUCUUUAAGCUGAGAAUGCUGUAUAAAAUUCAAUAUUUUUUAGAGAUUGCAUUAAGUUGAAAAAAAAUUGUAAAAAGAAAUAUAAUAAUUACAUAUUAAAUUUUAAAAUAUUGAAUCAGAAAGAACAACAUAAUUGAUUGAGAUUAGAAAUUGGAGUAUUUAUUUAAAUAAUGUUAGGGGCUGAAUUGGAGAGUAAUUUAAAAAAAUCAGAAUCAUAAAAUAUUUAAUUUGAACUUCUUUUAAGAAAAAUUAAUAAAAAAGCUGAGAAAGAUGAAAUUGAGAUUUAAAGCUUAAGCUAGUAAUUAUUAGAAUUAUAAAAUAAUAUAAUUGAAAAAGAUAAUAAAAUUUUAACUCUCAAAUAAGAAAUUUAAGGAUUAAAUGAUAAAACUUUUCUUUUGAAUUAGGAUCAUAAUAAAAGAGUUAAUUUUUUAGAAAAGGAAAUUGAAGCUUCAAUAAAGUAAUUAUAAGAAAAUUAAUAAACUUCUCUUUAAUGGUAGAAUAAAAUUUAAUAUUUGGAGGAUGAAAUAUGUAAAUUAAAAGAGUUAAAUUAGGUAAAGAAUUUUGUUAUUAAAGGAUUUAAAUUAAUAGAAAAUAUAGUUAAUUAAUCAAAUAGAUGAAAUUUAGAUGAAAUUAAAUUAGACUUUAUUUGAAAAUCAGAAGCUAUCUAAUAACUUUGGUUAAUCAUAAACUUAAUGUUAAGAAACUUAAGAUAAUUUAGAAAAGAUGAUUGCUUAAAUAAAGUAAUAAUAUGAAGAUAAAAAGUAAGGAUUUUAUAUAUAAAAUGAAUAAAUAAAUAAAUAGUAUUAGGAAAAAUGUAAUUAAUUAGAAGAAAUAAUUUAAGAAAGGGUAUAAUUAUUGAAAAAAAUUAAUGAAUUAGAAAAUCUUAAUAUUAAAUUGAAUUAUAAAGUUAAAGAAAUAGAUGAAAUAAGAGAUAAAUUACAAAAAUUUGAAAUUGAAAAAAUUAAAUAAGAUUAGGAAACUUAAAAAAUUGUAGAAAAGAGCAAAGGAGAAAACUAAAAGAAAAAGAGUGAAAUAAUAAAAUUAAAAUAAAAAAUUAAUGAAUUAGAUAACAAAUGUUUAAAUUACAGUAAAUAAAAAUAAUCAUUUCAUGAAACAAUGUAAAAUUUGGUAGUUGAGUUGGAUCAAUAGCAUAUUUAAAAAAAAAAACUUGGAGAUUAAGUUUAAAGAUUGUCAGAGGAAUUAUCUUAAUAAUAAAUUGAAAAGGAAUAUAUUUUAAAGGAAAAAGAAGAUCUUAAAUAAUAAAUUUAUACUCUGAACGAAAUAAAUAAUUAAUUUGAAGGCAUUGAAUUAAAAUAAGUAAAGGUUCCGAGGUAGAAAAAUUAAUUAAAUAAAUAAUAACCAUCUACAUUUGAAUAAUUGUAAAUUUUAGAAAAUUAAAUAAUUGAUCAAUAAAUACAAUUAGAUUAUAUAUAAUAAUGUAAAAAUGCAUUAUAUAUUAUAAUUAGAAAAUUUACCUGAUACUCUAGCAUUUAUUUCAGGUUUGAUAUAAACAAAGAUAAAAGCCUUUUUGGAAGAAUAAGAAAAAGAUUAAGAUUUAUAUCAAACAAAGCGAGAUUACGUUUUACAACAUAUAAAUGAUUAUCUCAUUAUAUUAAAAGAGCAUUUAGAAAAAUAGAAAAUAACAUUAACUCAUAAUAUUCAAUGA